AUGUCACCAGAUAAGCCAACACUCAGUAUCAAACUGCACAACCAUACCAACGUAAUUACCCUGUGCCCAUCUACAGACAAUGUUCGGGUUAGUGGCCAAGUGGAGCUCAAUCUACCAACAAAGCAAAGUGUGAAAUUUAUUAAAAUUAAGAUGAAGAAUGCCGAAGAGAUUGUCAAGUACGCAAAACGUGAUGAGAAGAUGUUCAUGCACGAGGUUGUCACCUUUAAGCAGAACGAGAGUUUGGAUCAAGGUCUGCACAAGUACGAUUUUGAUUUCCACGUGUCCAAAUCACAGCCGUGCUUCGCUGCUGGUGAUGUGGCCGCUUAUAUCGAAGCCAAGGUGGAAUUCGACGAGAUUCUCGCGCAUCCAUUGAUUGCCAACAUGUUCAUUAUACUGGUUGGCAGUCCAAGUGAUAGCCAGCAAAUUUCACUCGAGCACAUCCACCAGGACUUUGUCGAAGAUGUCGGAUCGUUUGAAGUGUCAUUCAAAUCAAAACACCUUACGACCCAAGGUUUCAUCGACAUCGGCCUUUAUCUCCCAUCUGCAGCGCCAGGAUUAGAGAUUAAGGGUGUUAAAGUCAAGUUUGAACAACACACAGUCAUUCAAAACAAAGACAAGGUAAUAUCGACACCACCUGUCGAUAAGGAAGUACUAUUACUUGAAGGAAGUCGUGACAGCACACUUAUCAGAGCAAAUUCAGAGCAAGAUGCGAUUACCGGUCAUUGGAUAUUGCAAUUACCUUCCAACGACAAUAUCAAGCCAACCACAAUGGAAUUUUCACAUGGUAGAAUACAAAGAAAACACUAUUUGGAGUUUAACAUCAUGUUCAAGAAGGACACACUUCGAUUGGCAGCCGUCAGAGUGCCAUUGACUAUUACGCAGCGCACCUUAUCGACUGCUGCGCAGGUGCCGUCAGAUUACGGCCAAUAUUCCAACCCUAUUCCGACAAAGCGAUUCUGGGAGCUUCCACAUUCGCACCUCUUCUCUCAUUGUCCAGCUGAUACCACUGAAGACGAUCUUAAGAGUGCUGCUGUAGGAAACGCAAUCGGAGCUCCUCAAGGAUUGUCGCUCUCAGCUUUGAGGAAGUAA